CUGAUGGCAGUGUCAUCAUUUGAUAUCAUCCAUGCAGUCGGCAUCGCUGCCCUUCGAGGUUCACUCUUCAAAACUUCUCUCUGCAGGGAAAUUGAUAUUAUUUUCCUUCGCAGUACCAUCACCUGAUGUCAUUUUUGCUUCGCAAAUGACAGGAAAAACAGCAGGUGGUGACGCUACGUUUCGCAGGGUCGUUUUUCAAAAUUUCACAUUGGAAGCAUCAGAUAUUCCUAUUCAUUUCCCUUCAACAAUACCUGAAAUCGGAAUUGUAGCAUUACUGCCAGAUUUGUACGGCUCUAUGUCUUCCGAGGACUCAAUCAGGUGACGGCGUUGUGUUUCGAACAAGAGCUGGACGCGUUCACUAGCACUCUCUAGGAUCUAGUCCUUUACUUCCUCACCAGCACCCACCACAGCCAAACAAGCAUCAUCUGUCCACUUGUACUCGUCACCGAUCCACGCGGUACCCCCAAUUGGUGUCACCAAUGACAGAGCUCAUUUCAGCAGCACCUAAUAUCGGGCGUUGAUCGGAGUUGCAUUGUCAUCACCUGUGAACAGCAGCUGGAAGCCGUCCAAGAGAUCUUCCCAGGUGGCGACACCGCAUUUUGAGUAGAUCGUAG